UACCUCUUUAAACCUUUCGGGCUGGGUUUGGUUUCUCUUCGUGUCCACUAGUUAUGACAAGCUCAUCUGAAUAUUUAACGCUCGUUCAAAUACGUCGACAGGGAGGGAACGAUAUUUCUUCCAGUUCUCCGUCCUGCCUAUUUUCGCAGCAUAUCUCAAUGCAAAUAGUCAGGCUACCCCUACACGCCGACCGUACGGCAAGCCAGCAGUCAGCCUGCAACAAUGUGCGCGUUAAGUAAAACAUCAGUCGUCUUCAGAUGCCUCGAAAGAACUUCAGCGUUAUUUCAACAGUGGUAGCGCCUCCGCCGCCUGCGUUGUUGCAAUCAUGAGACUGUAGCCUGAAGAUCUGAAUACUGUACGAGGACUGACAUUUAAAGGAGACUCUCGCACAAGUCAUCAUAAUAAAUAUAUGGCUUUCAUCAUGAUGAAGAAAAAGAAAUUUAAAUUUAAAGUCGAUUUCGAACUGGACGAACUCUCUUCCGUUCCUUUUGUUAACGGCGUCCUGUUCUGUAAAGUCAGGCUUUUAGACGGUGGUUUUUCGGAGGAGUCAUCUCGGGAGGUUGUCCAAGCCAAUUGCGUACACUGGCGAAAGAGGUUCUCUUUCCUGUGUAAGAUGAGUGCCAGUGCCAGCACAGGUGUGCUGGACCCCUGUGUUUGCCGAGUGUCCGUGCGGAAGGAACUGAAGGGUGGAAAGACAUACGCAAAGCUUGGAUUCGCUGACCUAAAUUUGGCAGAGUUUGCCGGGUCUGGGAAUACCACUCGGAGAUGUUUACUGGAAGGAUAUGACACCAAGAACACGCGUCAGGAUAACUCCAUACUGAAGGUGCUCAUCAGCAUGCAGCUCAUGUCUGGGGACCCUUGCUUUAAAACGCCUCCAUCCACUGCCAUGUACAUAGGGAUACAAGGAGACACAGAAUGUCUACACGGAGAUAGAAAGGGAGGAGAGACUCAGAAAACAUUUUUUGGAAUAUCAGAGACCCCAGGAAAAUGUGCCUCUGUUCCCGACGAGCUGGCGGGGUGCGGCCACUCCAGAACCUCCAGCUAUGCUAGUCAGCAGUCUAAAGUAUCAGGCUACAGCACGGGCCACUCGCGCUCCUCCAGCCUGUCCGAGUUCUCUCACAGGCGGAACACCUCGAUAGGCAGCGCCUCCACCGGCAUCGCCAGCAUCCCGGAGCCCAGCGAGGAGCGGGAGCCCAGGACGGCGCCCCCCUCCGCGGCCGGCGCGGCCUGCGCCUCCGUGCCGGAGCACCCCGGCACCCCCAUCAGGAGCGCGCCCUCCUCGGAGCGCCUCCACAGGCAUCCGGUGAAGCAGGACUCUGUGGAGUCCCAGCUGAAGCGGGUGGAUGCCACCAGGGUGGAUGCUGACGACGUGGUGGAGAAGAUCCUUCAGAGUCAGGACUUCACUCCCAGUCUGCUGGACUCAAGCGCUGAAGAGGAGGGUCUGCGCCUGUUUGUGGGUCCUGGGGGAAGCACUGCGCUUGGCAGCCAUCAUCUCCCCACCAGGGUUGGUGCCGGAGCUUAUGAACAGGUGGUGAUAAAGCGCUAGCCGCGGCGGGCGCCGGGCCGACGGGCGGCACAGCCGAGGGCCGACCGGCCGGCUGAGAGCGACGGCUGCACCCUCAGGUUGUACCUCACUUCAUUCCAGCAGCACAGUUUUUGAACCCGGAGCUGAGGGCGGCGGAAUGGACUGCACGUACGCGCCGGCAGCAACGAUGCCCCCUGGUGUUUGAAGUGCUCCUUCGUUAAUUGAAGUCCAUGUUUGUUUCACAAGCUCAGAAAAUCGUGAUUUAAAGGGGAUUUAUUGGUGUGUGUGUGUGUGUCUGUGCGCUAAGCUACAGUGUAACGUAUAUUGCCAUUCAUGUCCUAUCCUGACUGAAAGGCCUUUUGAGAGACCAGAUUUAAACUCUGUUUAAGACAAGGGUCAAAUACUGUGUUCUAUUCAUCUCUGGCAUAUUUCUCAUGUACAGUGUGUAUAUACUGUAUGGUUAGGCUACUUAUUUUAUGUCACUUAUGGCCUUCCUGUAAUUCUCUGAUGUAUUGUUCUUUAUUCAUAUGCUGCUAAGUGGUGUUUCAACACCUGUAGUGUCAACACAGUACGUGUGAAUCUAUGCUGAUCUGAGCGCUGAGCUCAGGGCUAUGCUGUCAAUGGUGUAGGCCAUCUUUGUUGUGGUGAAAACAUGAAGGCAUGACUAAGGAACUGUAAGCUCAGGAAAAGGAAAGGGGGGAUUUACUGUGGAGAUUCGCUCAGUUCCGAGGGCCCUUGAUGGUAUUAAGGUUGAAAUUCAAAUUCAGGCUCCUCCAUUGAGUUAGAGGACCAAAUGGAGAUGGGAAAAUAAUCGGAGCGAGUUUGCGGAAGAGCUGUGGACAGCUGCUGGCUCGUAAGUGUGAUGGAGAAGGAAAGAGCCUUUAAGAAGCAAAGGGUUCCUGCCAAGUAAAUUUAAUUCUGUAGAUGUAGGGCUCCAGGAAGCUGAUGACCUCUUACAAGCUUAAGAGCUGAUGGACUGUGAAUUUCAUGGGAUUGGUCAUUGCCAGAAAAACUGUGCUUUUGAGUCUGCUUAGGUUUCAAUCAUGAGGCUUCACUGUAGCCUGUUAUUGGAGAAGCUCAAACAAAUCAGCUGUUAAUGGGAUCAAUUAACUUGCUAACAAAUCUACUGUAUUUCAGUAUCUGUACAAAAUCCUGUUUUCUGAUAUAUAAAAUGUGUAUUUGAUACUUUUGGGAUACAUUUGAAAUGUUGUAAUGAAUUGCAGUUCAUGGGGUAUAUUAUGAUGGAGAGAUACUUAGUUCUAAGUAGAACUCUACUAACUCAAAAGAAGAGAACAACCAUUGUGGGGUAUCGAAAUAUCAUGCAUUUGAUUCGAUUUUUAUUUAUAAGGAUAUAGAGCCAGUUUCACUAAUACUGGUUCUUAUCACUGUAUAAAAAUAACACUUGGGGAAAAAAAAAGAAAAACAAUGACACGUGGUACACACAUCAUUUCUAUAACAAGGAAAGACGUUUAUUUACCUUAAUAACUUAAUAGAUUUGAACAUUUUACUGAAUAGAUCUUGAUUAACGACUGAAAGAUAUCAAUUGUCACACAUCAUACAUACAAACAUCAGAUUAUUUAAUCUGUGUCACAUAUACUAUUAUGUGGUCAAGGUUGCAACUUAUUGGAGUUCCUGUACAUUAAUGUUUGUGCAUGACCCGCCACCCGGAAGUUACUCCAUAAAUGUCAUGAAAUCGACUGUUUAUUUCGUCAGAAGUGAAGACGUGUUCAGAAACAUUUCAGACACCAUAUAACAUCACAAGCCCAUUUUCUACAUGCAUCAGAGGACCAAAAUGAGGACUCUGGGAUCUUUAGUUCAGGUUUGAAUAUUUUUUUAUAUAUUUUUUUUUUACUCAUUUUUUUUAAUGGGGCAUGCUAAAUGAAAGUCACUGCCCAUGUUAUAGUAUAUCCACUAAUGUAUUUGUGUGUUUUGUAUUAAUCCUCAGCACACACACAUACACUUCUGUGUUUCUGAUACAGUAGUUCUCCAGCUUUUGAGGAGCAAAUACUGCACCAAUUAAAUGAAAAUGGUCUCCAUAAUAGGAAUGAAAGAAGUUAAAUUCAUAUUUUUGUUCUUUUUAAUGUUCUGUAGCACUUAGAAUGCAGGGAGCUGGGGAUAGCUGCCAAAAUUACAUAAUCAGAACAAAAAGCUCAUUGGUGUCAUCACAUCCUCUGAGCGUCUGGCUACAAAUCUGUUUCACUACUUUACUGGAAGGCUGCUAAGCUCUCAUAGAGCUCUGUGGAGUGAACUUCCUUCACCCAUGCCAAAUUAACUUCACACUGUGUUUCUAAAUGAUAUUGGUACUAAGUAUGUGGUAAAAGAUGUUUUUCUUCUGUGAUAUCUUAGAUUUAUGGAAUUGUAUAUGGUUUAUUUCUCUAAAAUGAUGUUGUACUUGCCUAUCACACAGUGUUUAUCUCCAGAGAUGAAUUUUCUCUUCAUCGUUGGCUCUUCCCCCAUGUGUAUGCUUACACAUGUAUCAUUUAUUGUCAAUUAAAAGUAAAAUAUUUAAAUA